CCUGGGUGUAGCAAUGGCUUCAGCAUCGCGGGAUUUCAUUUACAUUUCAUCUCUGACGAUCGCACCGCCGGAGGACACGUUACGGGGUUCGAGGCCUGGGACGUGAAGCUCUCUGCGGGAGUUUUGAAGGAGUACGGGGUUGAGUUGCCCCAAGAGGAGGACUUCCUUGAGGUCCCAAUUCGCAAUUAUGAGGAGGAUCAAAACCUUCGCUGAAGGACAUUGAGGGGGUUUAGCUAAAUGUCCUUUCGAAGUUGUGAAACACCAACUGACGUAAAUUGCACUUUAUAUCUUCUAAACAUGCGCGAUAUAUUAGUUAUUAUUCAUUGCCUUGGGAAGGGAUCAACUAAUACGACAUCAUUGCCCUUUGCCCUACUGAGAUAAACAACCGCACAUGAUCGUGUCGAACGUGACAGACUCGACCAACCAUAAUCUCUCACGCGGCCGGCAUGUCUUCUCCAAAAUGCUAUCCCAUACGACGAAUCACUCGCGAUGGAUCUCGGCAUUCUGCGCAGUGGGGCAACCCACCCCACGGUGACGUUGGGACCAUUAUUAAUCGUCUCCAAAGAAUUUCUCCAAAGAGAUUCUCCAAGCUUCUCUCCCCAAGAUUGAAGUUGAAAUUUCCCUUCAACUGCGAAAUUUUUGCAGCCAAUAAACCCCGCGAUGGCAUCCAUCAAGCAGUGGACGACUCCCUUGAAGGGAGUGGAUUCCCUAAAACUCACCGAAGCCCCCAAGCCCGCUCCAGGCAAGGGCGAAGUCCUCGUCGAGAUCCAUGCCGUGUCACUGAAUUACCGCGACGUAGAGGUAACUAAUGGCGAGUACACCCAUCACAAGUCCGUGGGACAAGAAGAGAGCAUUGUGCCAUGCUCCGACAUGUGCGGCGUCAUCACGCAGGUCGGCGACGACGUCCGCAGUUGGCAAGUCGGCGAUCGCGUUCUCUCUACAUUCCUCCCUGACCACCAGACCGGUCAAGUUACGGAAAAGGAACUGUCGCGGGGGAUGGGUCUGCCCCUCGAUGGGGUCUUGGCCGAGUACCGAGUAUUCCCGGAACAUGCGCUGGUCAAAGCGCCAAGCUACAUGAGCGAUGAGCAGGCCGCCACGCUUCCUAUUGCGGUCGUGACGGCAUGGAUGUCUGUCAAUGGCAUGCGACCUAUGGGACAGAACGGAGGACACGGAGAAUAUAUCCUGCUGCAGGGAACCGGCGGUGUCGCCAUUGCCGGGCUGCAAAUCGGAAAGGCUUCCGGUGCCAAGGUAAUUAUCACCUCCUCCUCCGACUCCAAGCUCUCCCAAGCCAAGGAACUCGGCGCCGACUACACAAUCAACUACCGCACCCAUCCCAACUGGGAAGAAGAAGUGAUGCGCCUCACCAACAACCACGGCGCCGACAUCAUCCUGGAGGUUGGUGGCGCCCAGACUCUGAAGAAGAGCUUUGACUCCAUCGCCUUUGGUGGGUUGAUUAACUGCAUCGGGUAUGUAUCCGGCAAGAUGGACGCGCCGGAUGACCGAACGAACGUGAACCUGCUAGCGCUGCGGAGGAAUGUCACGCUGAAGGGGAUCAUCAAUGGACCUAAGGAUCGAUUCGAGGAAGCGGUGAGGUUCUAUGAGAAACAUCAGAUUCAACCUGUCGUUAACAAGGUGUUUUCAUUUGAGGAGGCCAACGAGGCAUUUAAGUUUUUGGCUAGUGGGAGCCAUUUUGGGAAGGUUGUUGUUAGGGUUAAGUAGAUGAAUAUAUGUAGAGGCAUAGGGAUGAACAUGAAUUAAUAAAGUGAU